AUGGAUUGGUCGCGGUGGACCACACACCUGGCCGCCAAGAUCACCAGAUCUAACGCAGCAUGCAUCCCCAAGCAAACGGAGGAGGCCACAUUCCCCUUUAUUUUACAGGUGUUGGGCAAAAAAAAGCUUCAAAACACUCGUAUCCACAGAAGGACCCGAGAAGUGAUAAAGAAAAUGAUAGGCGAAAAUGCAUGCAUCCCCAAGCAAACGGAGGAGGCCACAUUCCCCUUUAUUUUACAGGUGUUGGGCAAAACAAAGCUUCAAAAUGCUCGUAUCCACAGAAGGACCCGAGAAGUGAUGAAGAAAAUGAUAGGCGAAAAUAUAUUGAGAAUCAUGAAACCAGGCAGGUGAUAGAAACAACCCAACAAUUAGGAAAAAACAUAGCACAAAUUUGCAUGAAAAGUCGACAACUAGAAAAGGCCAUCUCUACACUACAACCUACCCUAUUAAGCACUACAAAAAUAACCAAAAAUCAGCUGGUUGAAGAAAAUCUCUAUUUGGAUUGGAGUAUAGCAAAAAUUACCAGAGAAAUUUCAGAAAUAGAAGAAAGAUUAAGUGCCCGUUAUCAUCUGCAAAAUGUGA